AUGUCCUUCCUCAGCGGGUUACUAUGCGGAUGCUUCGCUCCCAAGACUGCCCCGCGCUCACCAUCAGCCCCGGUCCAAGCAAUGGCCGAAACCCAUCCCCACAGUCUCACUCCCAACCACUUCCCAUAUUCCAAUCAUCAUCAAGAGAGCCCGGGCUACACCAGCGGGUCCGACGAAGACGGGUACACGACCCCUGUUCCGCUGCCACGCUACACCCCGCGGCCGCUGAGCAGCGCCCAGGAAAAGACGCUGGAAGCGCACAUGCGCGAUCCCCCGCUCUCGUCCGCGCGGUCCAGCACCUCGCUGCGGGACGAGAAGGACCCGCGCGGCCUCGCGUCCAACGACGCUGAUGAGCUCACCUCGGACGCCUCCUCGGCCAUCUCCUUCCCCAGCAGCUACGGGAACACCUCGACGGCAACGAGGGAGACCCCUCCGCCGCCGUACUCGCCGGCGCCGUCGCGGGCAAUGUCCAUCUCCUCGUUGAAUCCGCCGCCGCUGCCUCCUCCGCCUCCGCUGGUUCAUCUUGCCCAGCCAAGGCCGGUGGCGCGGCGGGCGGAUUCUCUAGUUCGGGAUUUCGGGGCGCAUGGGCGGGUGAGCUUUGAGGAUCAGCAUUCCUUGCGGUCGAGGAGGCUCUCGUGGGAGAGUAGAUAG